AAUUGCGUAAACUGUAACGUUUAGAUACGCUGCGAAUAUCUACCUAAGUAACGUACUGAAAGUUAAUAAAUGAACUUUGGUUGGAACAUAUCGGGUUAUAAAUACCUUGGCCUUGUGUGCGAAGGAUCACUCACGAAUGUUCCAUUGAAGAGUGUUCAAAUAAAAUGUAGGAUAGUAAAUAUGCUUUCAGACGUCAAGGUAGAGUUUUUGUACGAAAACUCAUUACAAGAAGCUCUGGAGGCGUCAUUUGUUUUUCCAUUAAACAAUGUGGCGGUUUACCAUUUCGAAGCACAAAUCGGUGACAAAAAAAUAGUAUCCGUGUGUCGUCCACGUGCAGAGGCUAAAGAAACGUAUGACAGUGCUGUUGAAGAAGGGCACACAGCAAUCUUGGCCGAACAGGAUGAACAUUGUGCUGAUUUAUUUAAAAUGAACAUCGGGAACAUACCGCCAAAUGGAAAGGUUGCUAUAGUUCUACAAUAUGUUGGACUGAUAGAAGGAAAAAACAUGAAGACAGAUACAUCUAAGUUUAGUCACUCUGAAAUUAUCCUAACUUUGCCAAGCGUUAUCAACCCGCGUUACUAUCCAAAAGAAAAAAAGAAUUCCGACGAGUUUGAGCAGUUUACGGAGCUUGUGCUUGUGAAUUCUGUGCCCUACACAAUAACAUUUGAAUCUGAACUUUGGAUGCCGUCAAAAAUUCUGGAUGUCAAAUCAACACAUGACAGUUUCACUUGGAACUGUACAAACAAUUCUAAUCAUGGCCUUGUCAAACUUUCCUCUGAGUUUAUACCAGAUCAUGAUCUUCAAAUGGUCCUAAGUCUUUCUGAUCCACUUACAUCUCUGGCAUCUCUGGAAUAUGGUGAUCCGAACCAGUCGUCUAUAUUGGCUAUGAACUGUUUGAUGGUACAGCUUUUGCCUGAUAUUCCUAAUGUCGUCAGUUCUAAAGAUAUGCGAUAUGAGUUCGUGUUUUUAAUCGAUCGUUCAGGUAGUAUGGAAGGUGAUAACAUUUCUUACGCUAAGACCUCCCUUCUUCUCUUCUUAAAGAGCUUACCUAUGAGUUGUCGUUUUCAAAUUAUUGGCUUCGGGAGUGAUUUUGCUGCUUUAUUUUCAGAACCUACAGACUAUUCUGAAGAAUCGUUAAAUACAGCAGUGAACUACCAAAAAGACCUAAAUGCUGAUAUGGGCGGUACAGAAGCUUACAAUGCUCUAAAGUCGGCUCUACAUUCAACACCGAGUGGUGUAGGUUGGUUCAAACAAAUCAUAUUUCUUACGGACGGUGAUGUAGGUAAUGCAGAUGAGGUUAUCGGUUUGGUACGAAUGAAUGUUGACAAAGCAAGAGUAUUUACUAUAGGGCUUGGACAAGGAGUAAGCACUGCACUAAUCGGUGGUGUUGCUCGAGCUGGCAAUGGUACAGCAGAAUUUGUUCGUGAUCCCUCUCAACUUCAGUCAGCUGUGAUGAGGACUCUUUCAGCUGCAUUACAGCCAAGAGCUGAUAAUAUUGAAAUGGAUUGGAAGCUAGUAGAGAAAUUUCAUGAUGGCAAGGAGAAACCAAUUGAAGUGGUAGUUGUUCCCAAGCAAAUAACUCCAAUAUUUCCUGAUCGGUUCUCGACAUAUUUCGGUUUUUUCAAAUCUGAUAAAUCAUCAACUAUCCAAGGACAAGUAAAUUUCAAUUGUAGUGUACUAGGUGAAAAGAAAUCUUUCAUAUUAAGUAUAUCGAAUGAGAUAUUGUUUAAUGACAAGUUGAAUUGUUCUGGAAGUCUACCGAUUCAUCGACUAGCAGGAAAUAUGCGAAUGAAUGAACUUAUAGAUGAAUACCAUAGUAUACAAUUGAGUGAAAUGAAUGAGAAAAAUGAAACAGAACUGAAGUCCAUACGUCAACAAGUUGAAGAUUUAUCAUGUCAAUUGAAUAUAUUAUCAAAAUUCACUUCUUUGGUUGCUGUAGACCCAACUAAGUUAGAUGUUGAUCCGAAGGAAAGAGUCAAAGUCACUGUACCUCUUAUGUUCCGUCAUGUCGGUGCUGCAAAAAUGGCAAUGCCUACAGGGAGUAUUUGUUAUGAUACCUUUGAUGGUAAUUUUGAGGGAUCUGUUGGGUGCUGUGGUAAGUUAACCUCCUUCCCAUAUUACUUUAAUGAUUUGAAGUAUUCAGGCAUCCACGUUUUUUGCUUUAUCGCUUUUAUAAGUCAGUAAAAGUGUAUAUUGUUUAUUUUUACACGCACACGCAUGUAUUGAUAUACCGUCUUAAUACGUCACAUCGUGCUUAGUGACAAUGGGAAAUAGUGAAAUAAAUUUUAUCAAAUGAUCUUACAUGUCAUAUUGUUUUAUACCUAAGUACAGAUGGCACGUGUACUAAAAUUCAAACUUCAUCUAUUAAAACGAUGGGUAUGGUAAUUCACUUUACGAAUCCAAAGAUAUUUGAGAUUCCGAUGUGAAAGUUGAUACUUAUACUAUUUCACUAUGGUUCAUAUUUGUAAAAAAUGUUAACCUAGAAAUCUCCAAUCCUUCCUCAUAGGUGCCAUCAUAUAUUUACCAAGUAGUAGUGAUUUGGAAAAAAACUAAAAUCCGAAUAAAACUUUAAAAUACAUCAAACGAUAUUAUACAUUGACAAUACUGUAAAAUGAAUUAUAUCAAUAACUGACUAAUAGGGUAUAUGAGAGAGAUAUUCUUUCCAAUAUGUAUUACAUUGAAGUUGAGAUGACUGAAUAUGGCUAAUUGAUUUACAUCAAUUACCGGGUUUUUUUCUUGUACGAAACAUAAGGUACAAGUGUACAUCAUCCUAAAAAUUGGAAAAUUAUGUAAUGUAAUUGGAAUGAGGAAUAUCGAUCACAUUAAACGUAUUAUGAAUGUACACAUGAAGGUGAAAUGGAAGUUAUCGUCUUCACACAAAACAAAAUGAUUAUUUUACAGUUAUCUUUUAUUAUUGGUUAAUUUUUAAAGUCCAACGCGUCCAAGAUAACUCACAUUGGAAGAUAGUGUUUGUAAUAUUUAUCUUUGUUGGUCAUUAUUAUUAUUAUUAUUUAUUAUUUGAUCACAUAAAUAUUGGUACAAGCGGGUACCAUAUAUAUAUGCGCCACACAAAACAAUGAGAAUAGGAAGAGAAAAAAAGAGGAGCAAUAACGACCAGAUUAGUGUAAGGUAGUGUGAUAAUAAUAACAAUCAUAAUAAUAGUAAUGAUGGGGGAAACGGAAAAGUACAACCAGAAGAAAUCUUUCAGUUAAGGAAGGUACAACCACUUUUUAUGAAGAAAGUAAAUGAAGGUUGCAGCAGGAUCGGCACUGGCCUUUAUUCUGAGCCAUAUCUGAUAACGUCUCUAGCCACUGUGUCGCACCAUCUCUCGGACCCCAGCCAGGGAGUCGUGAAGGACCAACACAAGCCAGUCCUUUGCAGCUUUCUUUCAUACCCCGACACCAUGUCAUACACUGACCACUUCUCCACUUUUUCCAACCAGUCUCAGCGUCGGCAAAUAAUGGAUGACGUGGAAUUCGCUGGGACGACAUUCGUAGAACAUAUCCAAGCCACCGAAGUCGAUGUUUCAAGAUGGUGACACCAAUUGGAUUAUCGUCUCUGUGCCUGAACACACGAUGCCGAACCUCUGCAUUACUAACAUGGUGUUUCCACUGGAUGUCAGCAAUCUUUUGGAGACAACGAUGGUCAAACACAGAGUCGUCUAACAUCGUAAACUCAGAGGGGCCAGGUUUCACAAGCAUAGAGCAAAACCGCUCUCACGGACGCGUUGUAGGUCCGACCUUUUGCAGCCAUACUGACAUCACGAAUGCUCCAAAGAUGGUCCAGAUUGGCAUGAGCCGCUCUGGCUUUCACUAUACGUACAUUGAUCUCAUCACUCCCGCGACCACCAGCACUUAUGCAGCUACCUAGAUACACGAACUUCUCGACUACUUGUAUCUGCUCAGCAUCCAGGGCGAGUACAGGAUUAGAAUUCUGCCAGUCUUGUAGAAGUACUUUGAACUUCGAAGGUGCAAAGCACACACCGUACCUGUGGACAUUUUCGACUUAUACAUUAGCUCGCUUAUAGUGGAAACUCGGUUGUAUCUUUGUUGGUACAUUAUUCUUCAUCAUGGAGAUCAACGCCUUGCUCUCACCCGAUUGUGAAUUAUUCUGUAAGAUCUUCAGGUGAGAUCAUAUCUAUAAUAAAACGCAUAGUUCGCUGAAGUAGUAAUUAGAGUUUUUCUAUUACCUUUUAUUUUGUAUGAGCAUCUGUAACAAUAUUAGUUGUAACUAUCCUAAUAUUGUCUGUUAAUAAUUACAUUCCUUUAAUUACUUUUUAUUAUUUUAGCUUUACAGAUAUGCGAUUUCAAUAAUUCGUUGGGUUUUGAUACAGACAUGUGUGCUGAAGAUCAAUUUCAGGAAAUCCAACCAGUUAAAGUUAUGGAAAAACAUAUAAGACUUGCUGAAUUACAAAGUUUUUCAGGAUUCUGGAAAUUAAAUUCUGAUUUAUCUGAAUGUUUUGAAAUACCUCUUGAUAAUUUGACAGAGUUUUUAAAACAAACUGAAAAAUCCUUAUCUCUAUCGGAUGUUACUUGGGGGACCGCUCUGGUAAUUGCAUAUCUGGAGUUAUGUAUGCCUGAGAAGGAAAAUGAAUGGCGCCUGAUAGUUGAUAAGGCAAGAUAUUGGCUCAACACUCAAGGUCAAGUAUCUCAAAAAGAUUCAAAGAAUCCCAGUGAGUCAUGUAAUGAACUUAUUGAAAAAGCUCGUCAGGUUUUAACUAAAUUAUUGAAACCGACUACAUCCAAAUAGUUCUUGUAAUGGACAAUCUUACUGACUUUUUAUUUUGAUUUUGAAGAUUUUUUUAUCUUUCUUUCUUUAUAUAAUGAAGAUGUUGCACUUUAAUUUAUCAAAAUAUACCUUUAUUUGUUUGACA